GUGGCUGGGGGAGCCGCCAUGGUGUGCGAGAAGUGCGAGAGGAAGCUGGGCACGGUGAUCACGCCCGACACGUGGAAGGACGGCGCGAGGAACACCACAGAAAGCGGUGGCCGAAAGCUGAAUGAAAACAAGGCUUUGACUUCAAAGAAGGCAAGGUUCGAUCCUUAUGGGAAGAACAAAUUUGCAAUAUGUCGGAUUUGUAAGAGUUCUGUCCAUCAGCCAGGGUCUCACUACUGUCAAGGAUGUGCCUAUAAAAAAGGCAUCUGCUCAAUGUGUGGCAAGAAAGUCUUGGACACGAAGAACUACAAGCAAACCUCUGUCUAAUUAUAUUGAUGGAUCUUUUCAUGAACUUCUGCAACUUUGUACAGUAACUUCUCACCCAAGCCAUUUGUGAAAUUUGCUUUCUAGAAGAUACUACAUCUUGGAAUGCAAGUUGAAGAAAAUAUGAUGGUUUGGCAAGAAAUGUGUAUGAUACAGGAAUUUUGUUUUAGCRCUGACAUUAACACUGAAACAUAAUGGUUUGUAGCAACUGAGGAAGUUCCAAAUGAGUGAGAAGGGUUCUUAUUGAAUAGACUGAAACUGUACAAUCCUCAGAAAUCAGAUCCUUGAACUUAAAGGCUUUUGUGUUGCUAUAUCUUGAGUCUUCUAUUUGCCUGAUAGCACUAUUUUAUGGAUCUGUAAAAUAAGAGUUUACCACCUUCCAAAAGUAGUAUCUUCAUUUAGUUCUGUGCUUGUAUGUAUUUAUUUUCAUCCCAAACUGUUGUGUCCUUCACUUGGAUGUACUAUUCUUUAUGUUUCAGUACAAUUGUCCUUUAUGAGAUUUAUUCCCGUGUACAGUA